AUGUCUAGUGCUCUGCUAUCGAGUGUAUAUAGGGAAGUGAAUGGAUAUGUAAUGAACCUGAGGAGUUCAUUCUAUGGUAAAGUGAUAAGUAAUCAAAGUCAUGGAAAGAGGGAAAUUGGAAGUAUGCGGAGAGACCCUUUUGUUGCUGCUUCAGUGGUUUGUGGUUACAGCACUCGAACUUUCUAUCUUGGAAGGAGGGUGCAGAAGAAGAGAGAGACAGUUGUUCCUGACCCUGAUUACAGAAUCCCAGUGGUCUUACUUGGCUUAGCUGGUGGGUUAGCAUAUACAAAUAAUCUAUUGCCAGCUGCACCUGCUGGUCUCCUUGGAUUGCUACUAUUGUUCCAGACUACAAGAGUGAGAUUUGUUUUUGACGACGAAGCUCUGAAUGGCAAGCAACUCUACGACGUUAUGGUGGAGAGAGCUGGUCCUUCAAAAACUAGCGGACCAAAAGAAUCAUAA